GGCGGUCCUUUGUGCAUGCCGGAGCAGAGGGUUCAUAUCCUGCUUCAUUGCCGUGAAAAACUCUUAACUGCAUCUCAUUCCCUCCUUGAAAACUGUCAGGACGUUAGUGCGCUCAGCGGCAUGGAGGGGACCAAAGGAGAGGAGCGGCAACCGGAGCAGGCGGCGUCUUUAUUCGGGACGUCCGAGCUGGAGAGCCAGAGGAUCAGCGCAGAGCGGAGGAAGAAGCGGAAUCACCGCUGUAAAAUCAUUAUUGGGGUUGCACUGCUGUGCUUACUGAUCGUCAUUGUGACUGUGGCGAUUUCACAUAAAAGUGGCUCUAAGAGCACAGCACACUUUACAACAGGUGACUAUGAGUCACCAGCUGCUCUACCUCCCCAUACCAGAGUAACUUCUCCUCGCUCUCACAGCGUAGAAGGAGGAAGUCUCUGGAAAAAAUUCACACAGGAGAUCGGGGAGGCUAAGUGUCCACCUGGUUUUUCCAGGCCUCCUCUUCUCCUCGUGUCCUUGGACGGUUUCCGAGCAGAGUACCUGAAAGAUCACCAUAGUCGGCUGCCCGUCAUCAACAAGCUGCGAAAGGAUGGAACAACAACAUCUUACAUGAGGCCUGUUUAUCCCACAAAGACUUUCCCCAACCACUACACCAUCGUUACUGGUCUUUAUCCCGAGUCUCAUGGGAUCGUAGACAACAAGAUGUAUGAUGUGACCCGAAACGCCUUUUUCACCUUGAAAACAGAUGAGAAAUUCAACUCAAACUGGUACCAGGGCGAACCGGUGUGGCUCACCGCAAUGCGUCAGAAACUAAAAGCAGGCACUUUCUUCUGGCCAGGUUCUGAUGUUGCUAUUAAUGGAUCAUUCCCAACUCUCUACAGGAUGUAUGAUAAGAACAUUAAGUUUGAGAACAGACUGGAAACGGUGUUCGAGUGGCUGAGUUUACCUGAGAAGGAAAGACCUGACUUUUACACCUUGUACCUGGAAGAACCGGACAGCACAGGACAUGCUUACGGCCCAAAAAGUUCACAGGUGAUCGCUGCUUUGGAGAAGGUUGACUCGAUUCUGGGCGAUCUCAUGGAUGGACUUUUUACAAGAGAUCUUCACCAGUGUGUCAACUUAAUGAUCGUAUCUGACCACGGAAUGGAGGAGGCUUCCUGUCAAAGGGCAGCUUAUGUGUCGACAUACCAGCAAGACACAUCCAACUUCACGGUCAUCCAGGGCCCAGCAGCUCGCAUCCGACCGAAGCGCCUCCCACAGGACUACUUCUCCUUCGACUAUGAGGGCCUGAUAAAGAACCUGUCGUGCAGGGCCCCUGACCAGCCAAUGAAGCCGUACCUCAAAGAAAACCUCCCCAAAAGGAUGCACUUUGCAUACAACAAGCGCAUAGAGAGGGGUCACCUGUACAUGAAGGAGGGCUGGCAGGCAGCGCUUAAAAAAGACGAUGUCAAGUAUUGCACCGGUGGUUUCCAUGGCUCAGACAAUCUCUUCACCAACAUGCAGGCAAUCUUCAUUGGAUACGGUCCUGGAUUUAAAACUAAAUACGUCGGGCCAACAUUUGAAAACAUUGAAUUAUAUAACCUCAUGUGUGACCUUCUUGGUAUUCGUCCAUCCCCAAACAAUGGGACCCAUGGCAGCCUGAAUCAUCUCCUGAAGCGUCCCCAUUAUCAACCCGUUCACCCAGCGCAGCUCUCCCAUGAAACUCCCUGUGAGAGCACCAACCUGGUUCCCACAGACAACCUGCACUGCCUCUGUUCCUCUCAGAGCACUGAGAAGGAGACAGAAAUGAACAGAAUUAUUUUAUCAACAAACUCAGAGGCCAAAGCUAAGUUGCGCCGCCUUCAUCAUCCUUUCGGCAUCCCCAGCGUCAUCCAGGCGGGGAACAGCUUUUGUCUGCUGCACCACGCCGACUACCUGAGUGGAUACAGCCGGGACCGCCUCAUGCCGCUGUGGGUGUCGUACACCCUCCAGCCUCUGUCCAGAGUGCCAACCCUGAGCCCAUAUGAGUGCAUUCGAGCCGACUUUCGAGUCCCGUCUUCCUCCAACCAGCUGUGUCUCCUCUACAGAGAUGAGGCCGCUCUGACCUAUGGCCUGCUGCACCCGCCCUAUCUGAAUAUCACUGGUUCAGUGUCUGACUCUUUUAUCAGCAGUAACAUGGCCCCAAUGUUCCCUGCAUUUAAAGAGGUUUGGAGCCAUUUCCACACUUCUAUACUUUUGAAAUAUUCUCAAGACCUGAACGGAGUCAAUGUCGUCAGUGGGCCGAUAUUUGAUAAAGACUUUGAUGGAAAUGUAGAUCCAGUCAGUAAAAACACAGGGAAUGAAACUGCAGUGCCAACGCAUUUCUUCUUGAUCAUGACCAGCUGUCGCAACUCAAGCUUCAGUCCUGUUAACUGUGAGGGUCCGCUUCAGGCCAUAGCAUUCAUCAUGCCCCACAAACCUGACUACUCAGAGUUCUGUGCU